AUCUCCAAAAGCAACGCGAACAAGAACAAGCGGAAAAACGUCAACAAGAAAUACAGAAAAAACAAGAGUUGGAACGUAAAAAAUUAGAAACACAAGCUCAGCGAAAAAAAGAAUGGGAGGCUCAGCAGCAAAGAGAACGGGAGGCUCAGCAGCAAAGAGAACGGGAGGCUCAGCAGCAAAGAGAACGGGAGGCUCAACAACAAAGAGAAUGGGAGGCUCAACAACAAAGAGAAUGGGAAUUAAAGCAAAAACGUGAAUUGGAAUUACGAGAAAAACGUGAACGUGAAUUGGAAUCGAGAGAACGUGAACGUGAAUUGGAAUCGAGAGAACAACGUGAACGUGAAUUAGAAGAAACACGUAAACGAGAAUUAAAAUCUCAACGAGAGAUUGAGCAACAUCAACAAUUCGGUAGAGAGUUACAAUUGCAACGUGGAAUGGAACAUAUGUCUCAACAUGAACGAGAUAUCCAACAAUUACCGCAACGUCAAAUUUCUUUACAAAAUGAACGAGAUAUUCAACAAUUACCGCAACGUCAAAUGUCUUUACAAAUACAAACAAGACCACCGUCUGUUCAACGACAAAUAACACCGCCUUAUCAGCAAAAAAGCACCAAGGAUAAUAAUAUACAUGAUUGGAUGGAAAAUCAACGCACACAGCACUCACCUCGAGAAAUUUCAUCGGUCGGCAGUAGAGAUACCGUUGAUUCGUCAAGUCAAAGAGAUCGAACGCAAACACGUGAUAAUGAGUUUGAUGUACGGCGGAAGUCACGCGACGCUGAUUGGAUUGAAAGAGAGAGACGAGUUCCAAAAGACAAUGAGUGGAAUGAAAAUGGAAGUAAUAAGCAUGAUGUUAAUAUUGGUGGCAGUGACAAUGAAUGGGCAGAACAACGGAGUAGAGAUGGUGGAUGGUACCUUAGAGAUGAUAGAACCCAAUACCCAGAGAACAAUUGUUCAAAAUUCGAUAACUGA